AUGCUUGCAUUCCAAGAAGUACUGCCCACAUGCCUGCUCACCAUCAUAUUCCUCGUACGCCCAAUCCUUGCCGUUCCACUCGACAUUCACUACGCUACAUCCCCGCCAGACCCCGUCCCGGCCAAGCACCUCUUACAUCGAGGUAUCCUCUCGGAACGCACAGAUACCCCCGGAGGUUUAUGGGGCGCCAAUGGCGUUCCUGACAGGGCAGAUCUUGAUCAGACGUCCAUCCCGGAUUGUGGACUGAUCGCUACCCUGGGCGCACUGGUAUCGCAAGAUCCACGAUGGAUCACCAAUCUGUUCGAAUUUAUUGGCGAUGCUGCGACCACCACUGCUGUCACAGUGAAGUUCAAGCGAGGGAUGACUUUGGAGCCCAUUACCCAGACGGUGCAAAAGUCUGCACUUGACAACGUCCGCUCAGACGCACACGAAGGCUGGUGGGUCGGAGCGCUCGAGAAGGCCUUCGUGGUCAACGAGGGCGGUAUCGAAGGUAUAUUUCCUGACAGAGUCUUGGAAAUGAUCGGAGGACGUCCAGCCGCCUUCAAGUUCGCUAGUGACGGGAAUAUGAGCGGUGUGGCGGGCACACUGACAAAGGACGAGUACUGGAAUCUGAUAGUUCAAAACGCUCCGAAAACACCCUUGAUAUUACACAGUCUUACGGGCGCGACGCUUCUCACCGGGAUGCACGCCUUCUGGAUCAUGGCAGGCCACAUCGAUGGAAAGCGCUGGAUCUCACUUUGGAAUCCUCAUGGCGAAAACGAGGUGCACGACUUUGACGUGGUCUGGCCUGCAAUUCGUGGCGUGCACAUGUUUGCCGAUCUGUCAAUGCACCCUUAG